GCGCGCUGGCCGCUGGGCAGGAUGGUGGGCUCUCUGCUUGUUUAUAUUCUGGCGCCGCUCGCUCAGCUCCUCAAGCGGAUUACAGGUCCUUACGUUGAGGAUGACUCUGCAGGGCAAUGUUCAACAACAUCGUUACAGGAAAGUGAUGGGCUGUCUGAUGGAGAUUCUGCUCCACGGCUGCCACUUAGCAAAGACCAGACUGCUUUGCUCCAGGAUUGGCUACGAGGAGGGCCGAGUGAACUUUCAAGAGGGGAGUCAGUAGGGGAGAACAAAGUGAGUGUUGAUAUUGAGAAAAAAUCCCAGGAUCAACCGUCUGAGACCUGGGAGGCGGAAGAGGCCACCAUGGCAUGGCAGCAAUCAAGGAACGUGCCAACGUUGACCCAACAGUCAGAACCAUGGCAGGCCACCGCUGUUCAGGGUGUCCAUCAGGACCAGAAUAUUGUGGGAUGGCAGUUGGCUUCCACAUCGGACUGGCCAACCUUGCCCACCCAGGGCGUGAAGGAGGGCACUGUAGGUUGGAUGUCAGCACCUGCACAGAAUAUGAGCCAGAUUGAACUCCCGACAGGCUGGCAGUUUCAACCUGGGCAGCAUGAUUGCCAGGAUGGUGGUAUAUUGAGUUGGCAAUCAAUGCCAACACACAGCAUGAACGAGCCAAUCGGCAGCACGGGUUGGCAGUUUCCCCCUCUGAUGGGUAUGAAUGACGCAGCAGCAAAUACCCUGUGGCAGUUCCAAAACGAAGACAAUCUUGUAAUGGGCACAGACCCAUAUCAAGGUGAGGAAGGUCUGCUGGCCAGAGUAUGGGAGGACUUACCGAGACCACAGGUGGAUGGUGCUGAUGACAGCAAGCCAUUUGAGUUCACAAUCAUGUCAUACAAUAUACUGUCGCAAGACCUUUUGGAGACAAAUGCUGAUCUGUACUCUCACUGCCAACCAGAGUUCCUGAAGUGGGAAUUCCGAUUCCAGAAUAUUCUGCAGGAGUUUGAGACCUGGGACCCUGAUAUCCUGUGCCUACAGGAAGUUCAGGAGAACCACUACCAUCAGCAGUUUCGACCAGCUCUCCAACUACAAGGUUACGAAUGCGUUUAUAAACGACGCACUGGUAUCAAAACGGAUGGGUGCGCUGUGUGCUACAAAAGAGAGAGGUUCUCCCUGGUCUCCGAGCACCCCGUAGAAUAUUUUCGACCUAUUGUGGAAACGUUGAACAGGGACAACGUGGCACUUCUGGUCCUGUUGCGACCCCUGACCCCAGACUGUGCCCAAGAAAGCUCACAGUUUCCUGAUAUCUGCGUGGCAAACACUCACCUCAUAUUCAAUCCCAGGCGGGGGGAUAUUAAACUCACCCAACUGGCUGUGUUAUUUGCUGAAAUUGAGCAGAUAGUACACAUAGCUUGUGCUGAUGGUACACGCUGUCCAAUCAUUCUCUGCGGAGAUCUGAACUCUGUCCCGGAGUCCCCUCUGUACAAACUCAUCCGAAAUGGAGAGCUUUACUAUUAUGGAAUGCCAACAUGGAAGGUGUCAAGUCAGGAGGACUGUUCUCAUCAAAUGUGUUCAAGGAAACUCUAUGGCCCUUUGUGGCCAAGCAGACUCAGGAUAACAGACAACUGUCAGUAUGUGGAUAUGUGUGAAAAGAAGAGAACGGGAAAACGGAGAUAUGGCCGUGAGUUUCUCCUCCAACUGCGAUAUUCUACACCGGCUCUUGAACGUCCAGAGAAUCUUGUUUUCAUUGAGGGUGUAACUGAUGCAAAACCAGAACCCCCAGGGGAUGGUUCAGAAGGCUAUGUCAGUGUGUUCGAGCCAGAAGAUGAGCUCUUCUGUAAUAGGUCUCCAACCACCCUCCGGCACAACCUCAAUCUAACCUCAGUCUACAGUCAUUAUCUGCCUGACACAGGACGGCCCGAGGUCACAACCUGUUCGUCUGGCUUCGGCCUCACCGUGGAUUACAUCUUCUAUUCAGCACAGCCAGUCACCGAUAAGAGUGGAAAAGGGCGUAGGCGAUACAAGGACGGACCCCUCAAGCUGCUGGGCCGACUUUCCCUGCUGUCCGAGCAUGACAUCUGGCUGGCCAACGGGUUGCCCAAUGGCAUCUGCUCAUCUGAUCAUCUCUCCCUGCUUGCCAAGUUUGGGUUGAAACCCCACAGUUGAUUUCAUUUAAAAAAAAAUGUAGUGAGACUUGCACUUGGCGGGUGAGCCCUCACAAAGCUUCGUGGACAGACACCGCUCAGUGGGCAGAUUGAAACUCCGAUGUAAGAUGCCCAAUCUUCAUUUUACAGUCUGAUUUAGGCUAUUUUAAUCCUUGUUUCUUCUUUUAAUGGACUAGAAUUUCAAGUGUGCUGCUUUAAGGUAAUGGAAAUGCCAAAGGAAUAUUGGCUGGGUCAGGGGCAAGUCGGUUAAUGAUCUUGCCAUCCAGAGCUUGCAAAACGUGACUCUCUUGUGUAAUUUUUUUCCACGUAAGGUGUCCCAUCAGACCCCUUUGUGAGACUUCUUAGCUGUAAUGAUAAUUUGCCACUGGAACAUGGUUGUUUUUUAUGACUGUUCCGUUCAUCUCCCCUUCCCUUCCUUUGAAGCUGUUAACUGAAUCUGAAAUAUUGAUGGACAGGUGCUGGUUGUCCUCUGGAACCUGCAUCAGAGUUGCCAUUCUUCAUGUAUAGGGAAGCUAUUCAUGAGGCGGGCAUCACAGCAGAGCCUAAUCCUGUCCUUAGCUAAUAUCCAGUCACAAGAAUCCAUUCGAACAAGGGGGCACUGGAUUGCUAUCAGCAGCAGCAGCCCAUGGCAAUUUGUUUUUCUUGUUUUCCCCUCCUCUUGCCUGACAUCAGUUAAUUAAGCAGACAUUGGGAUUGAAGCUGUGGCUUUCCUAGUCAGUAUGGCCUCAGCUGUUUUCUGCCUUAUCCAGCUGGACCAUCAGGAGACCGUUGCCAAACUCUUCAACUGCACUUUAAAAUACAACAGUGUUUCUGUAGCCUGGCCAGCAGUGGGCACCUGUGAAACAUGCCUUACGCUUGUCGGUGGAGCUCUCAGCUUCUCACCAGAAAGUCGGGAAUGUGAUACCUGGUCACUGGGUGUGUCUGCACCCCUGGCUGAAACCAAUGAGUAUUAACAAUUUAUGUUGUAUUUAAAGAGGAACCCGUCCCAGUUACUUUUACCUGUUGAGGAUGUUUGGAUGGUCAUCUGUCACUGACAGCUCUGAAAAGAAUCUCCACACAGAAGACUGUCUAUAUACACUGGUGGAGCAGAAAUAAGUAGUGUGCACUGGCUUUUUUACUUGUUAAACCUCGUUCCCUUUUUGAACAAUUUGUUAUUUUUCAAAAAACAUCCAAAAAUAUUUUUCUCCCCUCACCCUCCUUGCUAAAUUAUUAUUUUUUAAAUUUUCAGUGUCCUGCCCCCUGUCAGCGGGUCAACCUCAAGCUUGACCCUGUUCUCAACCAAAGCUCAGACCUGCACUUUCCAACAGUGUCAAUGAAUUGGAAUUGGAAGGGGAGGCAAUUUUUAAUUUCAUCCUUAGUCCAGCGAACUGAGGCUAUUUCUGAUCCACUAAUUCACACAGACUGGGUGCCACUGGUUUCUGUAGCUUUAGUACAGCGCAAAUCCUUUCCUCAUUGGGCCAGUGGGAGAGUCAACCUUCAUUUCUUGCUCUCCCCCAUCCACAGUCAUGAAAUCAGGCCCCUAAACCACUUUCCUCACUACUUCAUAACUGGUCUCUUAAGACGGAACAGAACUGUGUCACUGGUUUUCCUUCCUCAUCUUCAAGAGUGUGAGGUUCUGUCUACUACAUAACGCAUUGGUUCUCCAGUGCACUGCACUGAAUGGGACUCGGGAAUAGUUUGGCAUCCCCAAAUUGCACAAAAUCAAUCCUGCCACUGGGAGGGAAGGGGGAUGUCGGUCAGUGCUGCUUGCUUUCUGGUGUUCAGCAAUAACGCUCAGGAAGACCUGCACAAGAGCUGGAGAAAAUUUUCUUUUUAGAAAAGGCUGGUGCCUGGUGUUGAGUUGUUGUUCAGUGCUGUAUGAACAAGCUGCUGUGCUGAGCUUGAAAGCUGUUUGAUGCUCAUACCCAUGCUCCUGUGCCAUCACUUCCAGUGCAGGACCUAUGUUGGAAAUUGUGUCUCGCUACCACACCAGGGUAUAACUUUCUGGUUUCUGUGAGCUGAAAAACAAAACCGCUUGCUCUUAACUUCAACCCUUCCCAUUUACUUUAUUGGUUUCCUUUUUUUUUUGGCAUCUCUGCCCUCCCAAUCCUGACAAUCCAUUGCAAUGAAACCCCAUGUUGCUUAUUUCAUCGGGGAGAUUGAAAGCUUCACUUUCUAGUGUGUCUCGGCCUUGGUUGGUGGGAGAUGUUUGUGGAAAGUGAUGAGGAAUCGGAUAAGGUGAAUUUCUAGCCUUGAGCAUUAUGACCAUUGGUUUUGCCCCUAUAACUUGCAGCUUGAAUUGGGAUCCAGCUGAAGCUGGUUGCAGUUGAGAUUGUGCUGACUUGGCCACAACUUUUGACUUUGUUAUCGGCAAAUUAAAUUGGGCCUGGGGAAAGCAGUCCUGGCUUCAACUUUGAAAAGUAAUAUCCUAUCUCUCGCUGCAUUUUCCUCAUGUUUUAAAGCUAUACCAAUGAGUAAAGGUGCAGUACAACUGUUGAGUGGCAGGGCCAGCUCGUUUGGAAUGCUUCGGCUUCCCUGAUUUGGAGCUCCUGUGCCUGGUGCCGUGGGGUGGAGGUAUGUGGCUUUAUGCUGUGCUGUCAUGAGGAGGUGCUGAGCAGAGGCCAAGGAUUGCUGUACAGGGAUUGGGUGGGGGGAAGUGGGUGGUCUAGGAGGAAUCAUUCUUCAGCAGUUCUUGUGCAUUGCCAUGGCACAAACUUAGGUUUUCUGCUGUGGUCUGCGAAGGUGCAUUGCAGUAGCAGAAGGGACCAGGAAUAAGGUGAUGUACAGCGUAAUAGGGAAGAAGAAAUAUUUUUGAACGCUUCAUGAUUAGGACAUUGGGUGAAAAUGCUACAAUUGGCCUAGAUCAUACAUUACUACAGAGACAGGGAAAAAUAUUAGCCAGAGUUCCCGCUGUUGAUUGGUUUCUGUUAACCCUUGCUGGGAUGUUGGUUGAACAUAGGAUUGGAUUCAGCCAUGAUAUUCCCCUCUUUGCUGACUAGCCAAGUAUCACAUGCCAUUUAAGCACAUCCAAAGGACGACCACUUUGGUAAGUUACUGUAGGCCAGUCAGUAACCGGGUCCCAGGCAAUACUUUCAGAGGCGGGUGGGGAGGAGAGGGUGAGGCAGUGAAGUAUGUAAGAAAUAGGAGCAGGAGUAGGCCGUUUGGCCCACCAUCUUUAAAGCAUCAGUUGGGAUUGCUUGGUUGCUUUUUCAUUUAUCCUGGUUUACAGGCUGCCUUGUAUGUUCUCACAGCAAUAUUAGGUUAUCACUUGCUGUGGAAGUGGAAUUAAUGGUUACCAGGGUUUUGUGUCUGUGAAUAUCUGGAUCAUUGGUACUCUUUUUUUUUCCUUUCAUCAGACUGUUUGAGCCAAUGUGAUUCAUAACACUGAUCGGGAGCGCCUUGAUUCCCACAUCCCUUUUGUCUGUGAGCAACCAGCACCCCCCACCGCCCCAACAACCAGCAAGCCCUGUGAGCUGUCCUCACAUGUCCUUGGCCUUCAUUCAAGGCCUGUCUGAUGAUGGGCAUUUGCAGAGCACCAAAAACUCCAUUGCACCAGAAGUGAAUGCAACUUGGUGAUGUCAGCUGUGCUGCAGAUCCUGUGCAGUGAAGUGGGUUAGAUCCCACUGUCGUUGAUGGGCAGCACUCUGAAAACGUGCCUUGGAGGAAAUCGGGACUGUGACCUUUGAUUUUAAAGAAGAACAGGAACAAAAUUAAUCUCACUAAUUUAAAAGCCAGAAACCCUCAAAAGCAUAGAAGAUUGUUACCAAUUGGAUUGUCAUCAUUUGCUUUUUUGUGUAAAUGGUAGUGUGACUAGGCUCCAUGUUUAGGAGUCUCUCUGAAUUAAUUUGGGAUAGGGUGUGGAACCCAGAUCCACUGGCUAAAGGACCAAAUUCUUCAGUCAGCCGGAAUCGUAUUUAUGAACUUGUGCCCAUAGUUAUUUUUUAUGGUUGGUGUGUAAGAAUAGCGUGAACAGUUUGGCAACACUAUAUGUAGAUAAAGUGUAUAUUCAAAUAGUGUGAUUUAAAGGCUUUGUUUUGCCUAAUAUUUUUGUGAAAUGGUUCAGUAACACUUCGAUUAAAUAAAAGUCUCGUUUAUUUGA